AUGGGCUUGAGUCACUCUAAGGCUCACCUGAGGGUGACCAAGGUGGCACCUUUGGAAAACAAAGAGGGAGAGACUCCCUCGGCCAGCCCUAUGGACUCUGCAUUCACUCAGAACCUGGAAGAAAAGAGUUCAUAUUCAUUCGCAAGACUGCAGGACCGGAAUAAAGCUUUGGAAGGGCAGCUGCCACCUCUACGAGAGACCUGGUAUGGAAGAUAUUCUGCAGGGCCAACGGCCAUGUAUUUUGACAUCCCACUGGAAGAGGCAGAAACAAGUAUUAUUAAAAGGCAUCCACCCCGAAGACUUCAAAAGCUUGAACCCAUUGACCUGCCACAAGAAAUUACCUCUGAUAGUCUCCUGCACCAGCAAAAAGCAGGGAGGACUCACAAAGCCAAGCAGGAACUGGAAAAGAAGAUGCAAAUUCUAAUGUAUCCUCCUGGGAAAAGACAAUAUUUACAUAAGAUGCAAAUGCUGGAAAUGAACCGUAAAAGACAAGAGGCUCAAGUGGAACUGAAGAAAAAUCUUCACAAGGAGGCAAGAACUAAUAAGCAGAAACAGAGGGACCACAAAGCCAAGAGAAUCCUUCAAAGCAUCCCAAGAAAUGAUGAUGGUGACUUUCUAACCUUGUUGCCUGAUGAAACCUUGAACAGAAGUCCAGGAAAUACACAGAAUGUAGAAUUUCUGGAACAUCAAGCUAGGAAUGACUACUGUCCCCGGAAAAUUGGCAAAUUGGAAACAUGGCUCCGUGAACAAGAGGCUCGGGGACAGCUUCUCUGGGACAGUUCCAGCUCUGACUCAGAUGAGUUGGGGAAAGUCGAGAAGAAACCACGAGCACUGGUGAGGACCAGGACAGAGAGAAUCCCACGUUUUGAUGAGUUUUUUGAUCGAGAAUAA